AUGAGAUCUGUGGCUUACUUCGUCAAUUGGGCCAUCUAUGGUCGCGGCUACAACCCUCAAGACCUACCUGCUGACAAACUUACGCAUGUUCUCUAUGCAUUUGCCAAUAUCCGUCCCGAGACUGGCGAGGUGUAUUUGACCGACAGUUGGUCCGAUGUUGAGAAGCAUUAUCCUGGGGACAGCUGGAAUGACAGUGGCAGCAAUGUCUACGGAUGUAUCAAGCAGCUUGCUCUUCUCAAGAGAAAGAACCGCAAGAUGAAGCUCCUGCUUUCUAUUGGUGGCUGGACUUACUCAUCCAACUUUGCUGCACCCUGCAGCAGACCUGAGGGUCGGGCUGCAUUUGCAGCAUCAGCGACGAGGCUGAUACUUGACUUGGGAUUCGAUGGAAUUGAUAUUGAUUGGGAGUAUCCCCAGGAUGCGGGCCAAGCUCAGAACUUAGUUGAAUUACUCCAGGCUUGCCGAGAGAGCCUCGAUCGAGCCGCUGGACCAAAUCGUCAUUUCUAUCUGACAAUUGCCUGCCCCGCAGGAUCAAACAACUAUACCAAAUUACUUCUGCCGCAGAUGACUCCUCUCCUGGAUUUCUAUAACCUGAUGUCCUACGAUUUCGCAGGUAGCUGGGAUGCCACCUCUGGUCACCAGGCCAAUAUCUUCCCAAACUCCGCAAACACUUCUUCGACUCCGUUCUCCAUCGACGCAGCUCUGAACCAUUACAUCAAUGUUGGCGGAGUGCCUCCAUCGAAGAUAGUCGUAGGCAUGCCGUUGUACGGACGUGCAUUCCAAAACACUGAAGGUCCCGGCCACACGUACUCUGGCGUUGGCGAGGGUAGUUGGGAGAAUGGCGUUUGGGACUACAAGGCGCUGCCUCGACCUGGAGCUAAUGAGUUCUUUGACGACUCUAUUGGUGCUUCGUGGAGCUAUGAUAAAGCCUCACGCACCAUGAUCUCAUACGAUACUGUUGCGGCUGGCAGAGAGAAGGCCAACUUCAUCAGGCGUCGUGGGCUUGGUGGAGGUAUGUGGUGGGAGGCUAGUGGUGACAAGGGUGGCCCGACAGGUAACAUAAGCGAGGGAAGUCUGAUUGGAAACUUUGUCGAUGUUAUUGGCGGGGUCGAUGUGUUGGAUCAGACGGCGAAUGCUGUUGACUACCCCGAGAGCAGAUACGAGAAUAUUCGGUCGAUAAACCUCGCCUAA